UGGAAACAGUAAUAUAUCAUUCAUGAGUACAACAAGUAUGUUGCUAUGUAUCCCAGCGCCCAAUCCAUAUCCAAGUUACAACGUAUAAUCAUGGCACAUGUCUCCCAUCACUAGCGUCUGUCUCAUCAUCGGGACCGCCCAUUAUAUUGUACAAACGCUAUGUCCAACUCUCCAACAACUCCUCGAAUGCUUCAAAAAUAUUGGAGCGACUACUCCCGAAAAAAAUUAUGUAAACCCACGACGACUAGUUCCUGGUGUAGUACCUCCGAUGCCGAUCCUCAAUGAUAAUCUCCCGGUCCGCGCUCGGCCGCCUCGGCUCAUGCCGUCUCGGCGCCUCAAUGUAUUGAAACGUUGGCUGAGGCGGCGACUCGACCCUCACGGGGUACGGAACAGGAAUGCGCACGGGGACCAGCGUCUCCCGCUCUAUGAUGACCUCGCGAUCCCGGCUGCGCACCCUGCUGUGGCUGUGGCUUCUGCCGCUGCGCGACGACUUGGAGCUUUGGGUGCUGCGGGCGCUCGUGACCGAGGGCUCGACAUCCACAGCGAUGACUUCGAUCUGGUCAUGCUCGAUGACCGGCGGCGGAGGUGGAGGAGGAGGAGGAGGAGGAGGAGGGGGUGGCAGCUCGACUGGCUUGGGCUGCGGAAUUGGCAUCGGCAUGGGCAUCGGCAUGGGCCUAGGUGGCGGAAGUGCACGGGGUGGUGGCGGACGCGGGGGAGGAGCUGGUGGUGGGACUAUGGUUGUGGUACGCGCACGUAUGGUUCGGCUUGCAUUGUGCGGUUCUUCGAGGUACAGGACUUUCUUGUGGUACUUCUUCUUGCGUGGGGCUGUGUAGACGGAGGACAUGGUGUCAGUCUUUGGUCGUGCUUAGAAUGUACAAUUAAAAAAGAUAGUGGCACAAGGAAGAUGGAAACUGGUAUGAGAGGAUGAAACAGGCAGAAGAUGUCGCAAAGGAGACUGAUAAUUCCUAACCUGUUGAAGUCCAGUAGCAGGUA